AUGGAUUGGAAGACGCUGCAGGCGCUGCUCAGUGGGGUCAACAAGUACUCCACAGCCUUCGGCCGCAUCUGGCUCUCCGUGGUCUUUGUCUUCCGCGUGCUGGUCUAUGUGGUGGCGGCCGAGCGCGUGUGGGGAGACGAGCAGAAGGACUUUGACUGCAACACACGGCAGCCGGGCUGCACCAAUGUCUGCUAUGACCACUUCUUCCCCAUCUCCCACAUCCGCCUCUGGGCCCUGCAGCUCAUCUUUGUCACUUGUCCUUCCCUCCUGGUCAUCAUGCACGUGGCCUACCGGGAGGACCGCGAGAAGAAGAACCGGGAGAAGAACGGGGAGGACUGCCCCAAGCUCUACAGCAACACGGGCAAGAAGCACGGCGGGCUGUGGUGGACCUACCUGCUCAGCCUCUUCUUCAAGCUUAUCAUAGAGAUCCUGUUCCUCUACCUCCUCCACAAGAUGUGGGACAGCUUUGACUUGCCACGGCUGGUCAAGUGCUCCAAUGUGGACCCCUGCCCCAACAUUGUAGACUGCUACAUCGCUCGGCCAACCGAGAAAAGAGUCUUCACUUAUUUCAUGGUCGGAGCUUCCUCAAUCUGCAUCGUCCUCACCGUCUGUGAGAUCUUCUACCUCAUCUUCAAGCGGGUUGUCCGGCGUGCGCAGAAGUGGAAGAAGUCCACCAAGCGCUCCGUCAGCUACAGCAAGGCCUCCACGUGCCGGUGCCACCUCAAGACAGAGGAGAAGGACAACAAGUCCCAAACUAGAGGAGAGGAGCUGUGAGCUCGCCCGUCCCAGCUGCCUCACCUUCCCUUGGCCCAGCAGCUUUCCAAGGCUGCCAAGUCAAGUCCCUGAACCCUCAAGGUGUGAGAAAUGACUGAACCCAACAAGUAAAGUCCCUGAGAGAGACCGGCGGGUGGCCGAGCAGACGCAGGUAAGGCAAGGGCAGGCCUGGAGCUUGGCCGGCUGCUCGCGGUGGUGCCACAGGGCUUGGACAUCACACCAGUGCCCUAAAGAGAUGCUGAGCUCAGCGCCGUGGCCAGAGCCCUCUUCGUGCACCAGAGGAAUCACGCAGGAGCAGGGCUUGGUUGGCCCCAUUUGCCCAGUUGGCCAGUUCUGGGGCAGGACACCAGGCCCCUUUGCUCAUGCAAGCACCGUGCUGGUGUCCUACCCAGAUGCCCUCGCUGGCUCUGCUGCUGCCCUCGGUGCCUUUGCAUCCCUCUCGCCUCGGAUAGAUGUCACACACAGCACGACCUAUGGAUCCAAAAGGCCAAUAAAUGUGUUGUCUGUGGACACUGGGA